AUGCUAGAUGCUCUCAUUGCUGGGAUCAAGACCUACCUGGACAGAAUGUUUGGCGAGGCACUUGCAGCUGCACAUGUAUCAGCGGGCUUCCACUAUCCUGUGAGGCCUCAGUACAGCACCUUGCAUUUGCAGAUCCGAGUCAAUGCGGGCGAUGUCUGCCCAGGCGAAGGACGCGGCGUAGACCUCUUCAGGUUGCAGAAUCGGUUGAAGAGCGACCCGGAGUGUUUCCAAAGAGAUGACGAGACCCUCUUCUAUGAGGCGACGGCAAACUUGAGGAUGGCCUUGUUGAAGGCCUGCGACAAGGCUGGUACCGGCGCCCGUGAAGUUGGCCCCAAGUCGCUCGUUCUCAGCCCGUAA